AGUGAUUUGGUUCCAGUUUUGUGGUCAGUUCGCUCGGUUGAGUGUGCGUUCCUCUCGAUGGCGACUUGCUUAGCUGCGCCUUGCGCUCGCCCAGCCGUCGCUGUCGUCGUCGCGGCGCCGGCCGUGCGGCGGCGGCGCGCGGCGUCCUCCGUCCACCUCCCUGGCCGGCGUGGCCCCGGCGGCGGCGGCGUCGUGCGGUGCAGCGCUGGGCCCGUAAGCGGCGGGAUCUCGAGGAAGGUGGCGGAGCUGUGGGCGGCGGCGAAGAGUGCGUCGCCGGUGGCGGUGAUCGCGGCCGUGGCCGGCGCGGCGUUGGUGUACAAGGUGGGGUCCAGCCUCUUCGCGCCGCCGCCUCCGCCGGCGAGGCGUCUGGAGGAGCCCGGGGAGGUGGUCCCGCCGGCUCCGGAGCCGGUGCAGGUGGGGGAGAUCACGGCGGAGGAGCUGCGGCAGUACGAUGGGUCUGACCCCGAGAAGCCGCUGCUCAUGGCGAUCAACGGGCAGAUCUACGAUGUCUCCCAGGGCAGAAUGUUCUAUGGACCUGGUGGACCAUAUGCGUUGUUUGCUGGUAAGGAUGCGAGUAGGGCGUUGGCGAAGAUGUCCUUCGAGCCACAGGAUCUGACCGAUGAUAUAUCUGGCCUUAGCCCACUUGAACUCGGAGCACUUCAGGACUGGGAGUACAAGUUUAGCAGCAAGUAUGUGAAGGUUGGAACCAUAAAGAAGAAGGUGCCCGUAGAACAGGGUGGCGAUAGCGUCUCGGAUGCAAUAGAGGAGGUAGCUACCGAUGGUGAAGACAGCAUCCUCACUGCUAAGAUGUCUAAUCAAUUACAAUAUGAGGAAGAAAUGGAAGCCGAUGGCUAUGAUUCAUGAAGGCUUCAGAAGGAGUUCAAGACUGAAUGCAUCCUAGCGGUUAUAACUUCUGGCAUCAAGAAUUCGAGGCAGGCACUUGCAGAAUGAUGUUUCCGGCGUGUAAAUUACAACACUAUACAGCUGCCGGUUUCCUUUUGUCAAGUCUCUAGAAUGUGAUUUCGAUAAUGCCAUGUAAUUAGUUGGCUGCCCUGUUCGUCAAUAAUUCCCUUUUUUUAUUUGUUCUCCACAUGCUAUAUGAAGAAGGUAGAAGGGUAUAGUAGAAAAUCCACUGCAAUAGUUUGUAGUAAUGCUAGGCACAUUAGCUUCUUACCUAGCUGGCAUCGAACAAUCCAUUCCAUGAACAUGAUAUAGAUGUUUUCUUGUAUAACACACCUUGGCUUGAGAUCUAGAAGCUCAUAUAUUCUAUUCAUAUGAGCUUUAAGAACACAUUAAAACAUUGGUCAGCAAAGAAACAAUCGACAAAAAA